UUGAUAUAAUUAACAUAAUAUUAGGCAUACAUAAUAUUAUAUUAUUAUGUAAUAACAUUUUUUUUUUGUAAGAAAAAGUAUUAAAAUGAGUCAAAUGAGUUUACAUCAUGAAGUUUUUACAAAAAAGGGUUUACAACCGUUAUCAAGAUUCAGAGCUGCUGUUUUUAUGGUGAUUGCUAAUUUGCCUUGGUUAAAAGACGAUGAUUAUCAAUCCGCUCCAGUUGAUUUAUUUGGCUCAAUACACAUGAAAAACCUUAUUUCAGCAUGUAAAUUAUCUGAAAUAUCUGUUUUUCAAAAAUUAAUUUUAUUCAAACCACCAGAUGAUAGAACAAUGUUUGAAUUAGAAACAAUUGAAUGGAUGUUUGCAAUAGGAUUUAAAUUUUUCCAUCUUUGUCCAGUUGAAAUUAAAAUGGCUCUAAUCAGAAGAGCAUCGUAUAAAUGUUAUGGCCCUGAUAGAUGGAUACUGAAACAGGGACAUUUAUCAAAAAAUAUGUAUUUAAUUGUCAGAGGAAGUGUAAGAAUUACUGAAGAUGUUCCAAAUCCUGUUACUAAAGUUAUGGAAAGGAUCGAGCGUUGCAUAUUAAAGGAAAAAAAGUCUUUUGGCGAGAAUGCCGUUAUGUUUAACACAAGUAGAAUUAAUUCUGUACAAUCAAUAAGUACAGUGGAAUUGAUUUGCAUAUCAAAAAAUGAUUUCACGGAUAUUAUCAAAAAUAACUUGCAACUUAAAUGGAAUGCAAAUGCAAUAGCGAUAAAAAAAUUUUCAUAUUUCAAACACCUCAGUUUAUUGGAGUUAAAUAGGUGCAGCACUGUUUCAUUUAUUAAAAUAUUCAAAGGCAAUGAAUAUGUUCUCGGAAAAGGGCUAGGCGAUGUUGAUUAUGCUCACUUUGUAUUAGAUGGAGAAAUAUCUUUAAUAUAUCGUUUGGAAAUUAGACGGGUUGUCAAUCGUUAUGGGAUUUCAAAGUUUAUUUUAAAUAAGAAUUCACAAAAAUUGAGUGAAAAAAAAUACAAAAAUGUAUACGUUGAUACUUGUACACUUUCGUCGGAUUCAUGUUUUAAUAUUGGUGAAGAUAUGGAAGACAAAGAAUUUAUAACCACCGAUACAAACGAAACAAGAUGUUUGUGUGUUCCUCAUUGGUUCAUGGCUGAAACAGAACAGCUUAGAUGUUGGGAAUUGGUAAAGUUGGAUCUCAAUCACAUUAUUCCAUCUAAGGAAAAGAUAUUUUCAAAACUAUAUGGAUCUUAGAAAACAGCAUUAUACAAAUGAACGAUGGCCAUUAAAUAUAAAUAUUUAUAGCACUA